UACAUAUUUGAAUUUUAUAAGUUUCGUAGCAAGUGGAGAUAAAGAGAGUGAUAAAUUAAGCUAAGCCAGUUAGAAUGGAGGACAUAAUUUCCAGACUAAUGCAAAACAUAGAUAAGUGUUUGCUAACUAAACUUGAAAGGAAUUGUGAAGAAUGUAAACAUCAUGAUGAAUAUACUUUUCGAAAAGAUAUAUUAAUCACAGAAUUUCCAAUCACAUUUAACCUCCUUGGAGAGGUGGAUCUGAGACGCAUGCCAUCCGCUGCAGACGUCCUGUCUUCUCUGCUGAUAAUGUACGAAGAGUUGCAAUUAGAUGCAGCAUGGAAUCCAGAGGUUACAAAAGAAUAUGCUAAACAACUUAAUAAUUUUCUGGAAUUGUCAUGUGACAUUACAUUUGAUAACAUGCUAAAGGUGAAAAGACCUUUCUAUGAGCCACAGGAGGUAUUUGACUGUUGCAUGGAGAAGAUACAUCGGAGACUUACACCUGAGUAUUUUAAAAGAUAUCCAGCAACUAUAGAUGUGUAUUGUAAACUCAUGCAAAAUAUAAAAGACUACAGUAUAGCUGUGAAUCCACAGCAGACAUUGCCAGCGUCACUGCUCCUCAUUGACGAUUAUAUGACAGUGCACAAGACCAAAGGUUUGCAGAGCUGUGCUGCAAUUUUUCAAAGCAUGGCAUCAAAUGGCUUCCACGCUGGCAACUACUAUGAGGUUGUGUACACUAGCCUCAAGAACUCUCUGCAGGUGCAGUAUGUCAAUGUGAACAAGAUCUCUCACAUCUGUCUCUUGGAACUGAUACGACUUCUGCCUGCUCAGGAAAAGACUUUAAAGUCGGGAGACCUCUUCGUAGUUACCCUAGAGCAGAUAUACCAAGAGUCCAACAUCCUCCGAAAAGCCAACAACUUCCGGUUCAGCAAGAAGCUGAUUGAGAUCAACGGCGUGAACUGCGCGAACAGAAAGAAGGCAUUCUGUACUAUCGUGUGUGACAAUCUGGACACGUGCUGCAAUGUGGAUGUGGCACAGAUGCUGCUUCCGUCUAUUUUAGAGUGUUUCGAAGAAUGGAUAAAGCACUGCUGGUGCGUAUGGAACGUUCGGCUCCCGUCCGACCAGCAGCUCCUCUCGCUCCUCCUCAAGGUCAUGUACAUCAAUAUACACGACGACCAACUCUCCAAGAAACUUCAAGACAUCAUCGAAACACUCAUUUGUAUUACUACUAAAGACGAUCAGCAGCAUAUUUUGGGGAGCUUAGAGACUAGGAGGCAUUUGACGAGUCACGAGUUUUUAAGGAGACUCGAAGUGGCUAGGAAUGAAGCGCGGACUUUUGCGAAUCGGCCUUAGAUCGCUGGCAGGUCGGGAAUUCUGUACUUCUUGUCAUGGCUGACCGAUCGUGGGUUUGAAUACUACACGUGCUGCGUGAAUGUGCUGCGCGAAAUAUGGAAGAUAAAAUCUACGGAAAUCGUAACACAGACUGCGACCCGUUGUUGAUAGAAAAGACAGUGGGUUUAUUCAAACGAAAAUACAUAAGUAAUUAUUAUUGUCACAUGAUUGUCUCAUCUCAUAAUAGGUAUCUCCAUAACUUAAGUGGAUGCAUGGUAAUCUAAAUUAUUCUCAAUUUACGUAUUCAUAUUUAUAACGAAUAAUCUGGAAAUAGCACUUAUAAUAACUGACGAUCUCAAUGUAACCCCUAGAUCUAGUCAUGUUAGCGAUCCUUAUCCCAUAGUAGCUGAUUGUCUAAUUCUUUGAAUGUGGAAUGCUUUCUCAGUGUCGUGGUUAAAUAAAGGCAUCAAAUCACA